AGUUUUUUAAAGCUAAAAUUAUCAGUAAUUCAUAGAGCAUUGAAGAGUAUUCUUAACUUCUCUUUGCCAUAAUGAAGACCUUUUUGAAUAUAAUUCUAAUCACUGCUUUUAUCGCAAUUUGCAGUGCAUACCAUAAUGAGAAAUGUGUGACGAUUCCACCUGCAGACGAAUCGCCUGAAACACCAGAUUCAUCUUCCGGACCACCAAUAUGCUCUGAUCAGUGCCCGAUUCGAGAUCAAAGAAUAAGUGUACUCACGCAAGAAUUAUCUGUUGAAAGGGAAAAGAUGAUAAGCAGUCUGGAAGAAUUACUGAAACCUGAUGAAAGGGAAAGCUUUCAAAACUGGCUAACGAAUCCGAAUGAAGUAGGUGAAUACUUGUUACCUAUUGGCGUAGGUGAACGACGUAUGGAUGAAGGUUUAGCUCCAUUGGCAAUGCCUGUUUGGCCAGCAAUAAUUAUUGCGGGCGUUAGUAUAGUGGUUGCUAAAAUAGUAGACGUUGUAGUCGAUGACUGGGAAGAUUCAGGAUGCAACCGUUGCCCACCGGUUCCUCCUGAACCUUACGAAACAAUAGAAACGUUUGAUGAGAAUGGAGUACUCAGAAGAAAGGUUACUAGGCAAUCCACACCUUCAAAAUGAAUUUGAAAUACUUUUAAAUGUUUGGUGCAUUUGAUCAGUAACAUAUUUUCUCAAUUCAUAUAUGAUUCUGAUACGUGUGAAAAU